AUGCUAGCUAUGACAAGGUUGCCGCCCGACUCCUUUUUGCCGUCGAGCGACAUGCUUGAUCCAAACCUGCGCUCGAUGCCAUUUGCCUCUCAUCUCAACGGCCACUCUUCAGCAUCAGUGAUUUCUCCAUUAUCUCUACCGCAUGCUUUAAAUACUAUUUCCCCAAAACCCACAAAUUUACCACCUUCCGAUUAUUCUCAUUCGCCAUCAGUUUCCAUACCUUCGCAGUCCCAGGAGCAAUAUCUUCCACUUCCAACUUCUCCAAACAUCCCCGUGCAGAGAUCGACUAGCCUGUCUCCGACAAGGUACCAAAUUGGGUCUGGUGCAACUUCUCCAUCUCUGGUCCCUAGUACGGCACUCGAUAAUAUGAGCCAUCAAGCUCUUUUCAACCUGCUACAGCGCAGGGAAGAGCAAAAUCGAAAACUGAUUGAGAAUAUGCGUGCUGAACGCGCACAUUUUGAGGCUAGCCGCACUCGGGCGGAGGAAAUGUAUCAGGAAGAACGAGCGAUAAUUGAGGAGGAACGAAUAUUAUGGCUGGAGGAGAAGAAUAACCUACGGAGGGAUUUGUCUGAAUGGAAAAGGAGGGCGGAACUAGCCGAAAAGCAGAGAGACGAGAUGGCUAGCUUGCUAGGGAGCAUACAGGCCAAAGGUGGAUACUUGAAAAUGCCCGUUGACAGUGCUCACGAAGCCGCUAUAGGCUCUCUCAGAGGUGGUGGUCUUAGCAGUUUAGAGACCCCCUCGCAGUCAAGUGCCAAUUUCUGGAGCCCGUCAGAUGGCACGUCUCCCAAAAGAGUUUUACCCACUGAGUUUCAUGGAUCGACGACGAUGCCGGAAUCGAGACCUUUCAUUCCCUUGGAUCCGCGUAUGCAGGGCCCGUCGCCAGGAGUGAGCUCACCAGCGGCUCAACAAGAACGCGUCCCCUCAAUCGACAUACAAGAGGUUAUUCCCGGGUUAGAAGGAAUCCGGGUCCGGCCUGAUAUUGUCCAGAAGGCGACCUUCACCGAUGAUAAGCCAUCCGCAUGGUCUACCGGGACAAUCUCCCCCCCUGUCCCUGGAGCUAAGCAGGAGCCAAUUCGUCCACGUGCUGGGCCGGCUGAGUUGACAAAAGAGACGCUUCAGGCUCCUGAGUCUGAUAGACUUAUUAUGCAUGCCGGACACACCCCGAACCACUCUAUUUCCCUGUCCAGACUCCAUACUGUUGAGUCUACUGCGGCAGUUAACACAGCUGACAGCUCUGGUUCAUCGACCCCUAGGCAUUCUCCUGAGGAGGAGGAGCAGCAGCAGCAGGCGGAAGUGUCCGAGGAAGUCGCCAACUCCGAGGCGUCACGUCGCAACCUGGAAUUUCUCAUAGCUGCCGAUGUCCAGGACGAAUUCGAGGAUGAGAAAGAUAAGGAUCCGGAACUAAAAGGUCCCUUAACCCUUCGGAAUCUUCCUGCCGCCGACGAACCAUUCCUCAAGGCUCUAAACGAUAAGCUCGCGGAUGUCAUUACUCAUGAUGCUACUCCAACUGUCCUUAAGCACGGAAGUUACUUUACGACAGAUUCGUCCGAGCCGUUGGCGAAGACUGACGAUGCUGUACAUGAUGUUCAUGAAGAACUAGAAGAGCAAGAGGAAGAGGUUCCUCUCAAAUUAAAGCCAUCCAGCAACUUCGGCGCACCUCUUGGACAACUUCGAAAGCCGUGA